GCCGGGAUGGCCCAGAGGAAGGCGCGGUCUGGGACUCUGGGCGUCUGUCCCAGAGCUUGGGUUUGUCUGCGGACCCUGCAGCGACAGGACGGGAAACUCGUGGUGCGGCGCCUCAACAGGACCAGGCACUCCUCGGCCCCGCCCCAUCCGCCUUCGGGAUGCUGCUGAGCCCGGUCACCUCCACCCCCUUCUCGGUCAAAGACAUCCUGCGGCUGGAGCGUGAGCAGAGCGGUUCCGCGGCUUCUCCUCACCCGCGGAUGCGGAAGACCCCGGAAAAUUUUCAGUACCUGCGAAUGGAUCGGGAGCUGCGAGGGUCAGAGGUUCACAACGCUGGUGGCGGUGGAGGUGACAGAAGGCAGGAUGGAUCGGAGCCUCCUGGGAGUCCCUGUGAGGCAGUCUUGGAGAUGGACGGGGAACGGAUUGGGGAGCCACAGCCCGGCCUGAGCGCAGCCUCACCCCUCCGCGGCGGGACCAGGGUGCCAGAGCGCGGCGUUGGCAACAGCGGCGACAGCGUGCGGGGUGGCCGCUCGGAGCAGCCCAAGGCGCGGCAGCGGCGGAAGCCGCGCGUGCUCUUCUCGCAGGCGCAGGUGCUGGCCCUGGAGCGGCGCUUCAAGCAGCAGCGGUACCUGUCAGCGCCGGAGCGCGAGCACCUGGCCAGCGCGCUGCAGCUCACGUCCACGCAAGUCAAGAUCUGGUUCCAGAACCGACGCUACAAGUGCAAGAGACAGCGCCAGGACAAGUCGCUGGAACUAGCCGGCCACCCUCUAGCGCCGCGCCGGGUGGCGGUGCCGGUGCUGGUGAGAGAUGGCAAGCCCUGCCUGGGCCCCGGCCCGGGCGCUCCCGCCUUCCCCAGCCCCUACGGCGCCGUGGUGUCGCCCUAUUCCUGCUACGGAGGGCACACCGGAGCACCCUACGGCGCAGGCUACGGUGGCUGCUACGCGGGCGGGCCCUCGGGUCCUGCGCCACACACAUCACUGAGCAGCGCGGGCUUCGGACCCGGUGGCCCGAGUGCCACUCCGCAGGGACAUCUGGCAGCCACGCUGCAGGGCGUCAGGGCCUGGUGAGGCGCCUCCGCCUUACUCUGCCCACCAGGGCCAGAAGCUCGGUGCCCUCCCCUCCUCCCGCAGGUCGUGGCAAGGACAAGGGGACGCGGCGGUGGAGGGUAGCGGCUACUCAAUGGCGCUUCUUUCCGGGGCGGUCUCUGCAACUGCGAUCUGCACCAGAGUCACCCAGCUAAAGGCCCUGCCUCGGACGUUCUUCCCUCAAAAGGCGACCUCUCCACCGGUCACCCACCAAGCUACACAGGGACUGAAGAAAACGGCGGCUGGCUGGCAGUUUAGGGUGUGGGAGCAGUACUGAGUGAGGCACGUGACCUUUGGGACUUCAACACCAGGGGCCUGACAGGCUCUUGAAUGUGUACGCAUUGGCCGCGGGGCAUUGCCGUUGAAUGGAGAUGGUGAUCUAGCGGGCCUACCAACCCCCAAUUAAUGACAGCAGGAGCGGGAAGAAAGAGAGGAGGACCAGAGUGCGGAAAGGGAGCUGAAAAGCCGGGAACUUGAGGAUCCAGGAGGUUCACGGAGAAGUACCUGCCUUGAGCCUCCUUCUGUGGGGUUUAAACAUCCGGCAAGGCUGCUCCCGUGGGGACUCUGUUAAUCCAGAGGAAUGCUCUUUUCUGGCCACAGUUGCUCUCCUGGAAGUAGGCUCCACAUUCCGGUCCCUUUCACUAUCAUGCAUUUUAUCUCUUUGUACAGCACAGCAUCUCCAAUAAAUA